UUCAAAAGAAGCUGCUCCCAAUCUGUCCUAGUGUGGUGCGUAUUGAAAGUUGAAUGGUUUCCAUGAAAACAAAAAUAGAUGGAAAAUACAAAAGAGUUCUUGAGGAAUGUUUAGAGUGAGCUCGUGUGUGUGUGUGUGUGUGUGUGUGUAGUGGCCAAGAAUACCUAGAAAUUUUCCUCAGAAUUAACUCUCUGUUUUCAAUUUUAAUAUGCCAGUAUUCCUAUAACUCAUUCAAUAUUCAUUAUUUCCAUAACAGUUAGCCAUAUACCUGUUCUUUUCCAGAUAUAUAUUAGCCAUUGGUGAAUGGACAUCAGAUAAGGCAGGGAUCCCUAUCCUCAAGAUGUGUAUAAAUACUAACCAAUUAAAAGUUGAUUUCCCACUCACACUGAGAAACACAUCCUGGCUGACUGAAGCUCCACUACCCCCACAUAGAGCUUCUGAGAUCACCUGGGCUCUGCACAGUUGGGCACUGGGCAAACCCUGGUGGAGAGAGAAGGGGAACAGGUGGCAGAUCACAUGACACAUUCACCAUAUGCUUUUGGUGUUGACUAACAACAAGGGAGGCUGGGAAUUAUAGCCCACCCAUGUGACUGUUAAAUCUCUGCUGUUAUAUUACUUUAUAAUUCUUAGUUUAACAAAGAAAUUUUACCAAGGUAAAAUAUCCUGUUCUUCAAAUUGGCCUGGAGAACUUAAGAUUCGUAUGCUAUCUCCAAUGUAUUAAUGACUUUAUAAAUUAACAAAUUCCUAAUGACAAAUAUGGUCAGGGAUCUUAAUAAAAUCAUGCCCAUCCAACCACUUUCUCUUGAUCAGGUCUCAGAUUUGCCCACUCAGACUUCUCAUAAAUGUGAGAUUGAUGGAUUUACUUUUAGUUUCCUUUUCCCUCCAUUCUUCCUGAAGUUGCAAAUAAUCACCGGCCAGUUGAAGAGUGGAGUCAGGUUCCUGGCAGUAAACCAAGCAUUAAAUAAUGCACAGCUUGUGUCUUUAUUUUGAUUUCUAUAAUUAUCUCCUACAAAUCCACAGUGCUGGCAACUCCCUCUCACCACCUGCAGGCCCAUAUCUCUCUCCACCUGCCUUCUUGGCCACUCUCUCCUGCUGGCCAUGGUCAUUCCCAUCACAUCUCCCAGGUCAAGGCUCUCACAGAAGAGGAAGUUUAAAGGACAGGAAGUGACUCAGUGGUUCCCCCAGAGGUCAGGUGUGUGGGUAGUGAGAGACAGCCGGAAGAGAGAAUUGCAGAUUAGAAAAAUACCCAGAUGGGAGAGUGACCAAGGCUGGAAUUUCAGAAAUGACAAUGACAUCAGCAUUAGUGAUAAAUACUCCUCCACUUUCCCAGACAAGCAUCUCCAAGCACUGCUGUGAAUUGUUUCCCAUCUAUUUUCACAGCAUGACCAGAAGUCAAGAGGUAACAAUAGGAAGCCUACAGGAAAUGGUUGUAAAUGCUUGAAGCAGAAUUUCGUAGCAGGUUUCUGGUAGAAUUUGCUGGUAGUUUAGUGAUACACGGGGUUUGCUAAUAGAAGCCAUUACACCAAAGAGAGAUGCUACAGAGAGUUACAGAGAGAAAGAGAGAGAGAGAGAGAUUCUCUGCAGACUGGUUCACUCACCAAACGACCACAUCGGCUGUGGCUAGACCAGACUAAAGUCAGGAGUCAAGAACUCCAUUAGGGUAUCCCAGGUGGAUGGCAGGAGCCCAAGCCCCUGGACCAUCCUCUGCUGAGUGGAACCAGCAUUCAUAUGGGAUGCCUGUGUCAAAGGAAGAGGUCUAACCCCUGAGCCACAAUGCCGACCCCAAAGGGAAUUUAAAAACCUAGUUUUUUUUUGUUUGUUUGUUUUGCUCAUGGGGUUAUUAAUUUCAAAUACUCUAAAUUUGCUGUUCCAAUUUUUGUGUUAUAAAACAAUUAAUAAUCAUAGUUAAGAAAGAAGAAAAGCCUUGUAACAUUUAAAACACCGAUGAGAAUAUCUGUUCCUUAGUACCUGUACUAGACAAGAGCGCGUUUUUGGUACCAAAGAGGAGUGAGUCUCUUAGAAGCAUUAUCUUUGCUACUUUUAGUCAACUGUGGAAUGUUUUUAGACUAUAUUUAUGGUCUUGAAGGGAAUGUAAGAGGAAAGACUUGGAAAUUUCAAACAAAAGAUUGGCCAGUGGAAUUAUAAUGUAAUUCUUGAGCUGUCUUUUCUGAGUUGAAAGUUCUGAUUGCUACUAAAAAGACUCUUAUUGAUGAUGUGAGUAAAUGGAGCAUACUCUACUUUGUAGCUUCGUCUAGUUGAGGACUUUGGUUCAUUGGAAGUGUGUGGUUUCGUUUGCUCCGAAUGGAAUCCUUUCUCCCUGGCACUUUACUUUGAGGCUGUGAUGCAAAUCCUUGGUGUUCCUUUGUACUGUGAGUGAAAACAAUGAAGAAAGGAAGUGUGGAGGCUUGGAAUCUCAGCUGAGGCUUGCAGGUCACGGGGGAGCAGUGAGGUUCCUCUCCAGUGUUAGCAGCCGGAAGCAGAGAGGGGAGGAUCAUCUGCUCCCUGCUCUGAAUUUCUUUGAGCCUCUGUGCUGGAAUCUUCCUUGGUUCUCCAGGCAAACAUUACUCAAGCCCCUCUGGGGUUCUGGGCGUCAUGCUGGAGCAGGGGAAGCAAAGACAGUGUCUGUGGAUGGAAUCAGAAGAGCAGAUCAAACUGAAAAUUCCAGCGCCGGGAAAUUGAGGCGAAAGAAGCAUGUGACUGGCUCCGUGCUGCUGGUUUCCCGCAAUACGCUCAGCUAUAUGAGGAUUCACAAUUUCCCAUCAACAUUGUGGCUGUCAAGAAGGAUCAUGAUUUUCUUGAAAAGGAACUUGUAGAACCCCUUUGCAGACGACUGAACACGUUGAACAAGUGUGCCUCAAUGAAACUUGAUGUGAACUUCCAAAGGAAGAAGGGUGAAGACUCAGAUGAGGAAGAUCUCUGUAUCAGCAACAAAUGGACUUUCCAAAGAACCAGCCGCAGGUGGUCUCGCGUGGACGACCUGCACACCCUGUUCCCCGGAGGAGACAGAAAUGGGUCGCUGGGAGGCCCUAGGAUGAGAAACACGACCAGCAGCGAGAGCGUCCUCACAGACCUGAGCGAGCCCGAGGUCUGCUCCAUCCACAGCGAAAGUAGCGGAGGCAGCGAGGGCCGCAGCCAGUCCGGCCAGUACGGGGCUGACAGCCCGGUCAUGCUGGAGGCCACGCUGGUCAGCAGCAGCCUCCCCCAGUCCCGAGAAGGCCUCAGCCACCCUUUCCACACCAGGAAUGAGAAACCUGGCAGGGCCAGGGCCAAGUCGUUUUUGAAACGCAUGGAAACGCUGCGCACCAAGGGAUCCCACGCACGGCUUAAGGGGCCGGUGCGGACAGGCGGCCUGGUCAUCAGCGGGCCUGUGUUGCAACAGGAGCCGGAGUCCUUUAAGGCCAUGCAGUGCGUCCAGAUCCCAAACGGACACCUCCAGACCUCGUCCCCUGCUGCCUGCCAGAAAGGGCUGCCGGGCUCUGGCAAAUCGAGCGGGGACAGCAGCCCCUCGGAAAACAGCAGCAGCGGGGUGAGCACGCCUUGCCUGAAGGAGCGGAAAUGCCACCAGGAGGCCAACAAGCGCGGGGGCAUGUACCUGGAGGACCUGGAUGUGCUGGCAGGGACAGUGCUGCGGGAGGCGGGGGACCAGAACCACACGCACGGGUUUCACUCCCAAGAGAACUUGCUGGUGCAUAUCCCCAAGGAUCACAAACCAGGAACGUUCCCCAAGGCACUUUCCAUCGAGAGCCUGUCGCCCACAGACAGCAACAAUGGGGUUAACUGGAGGACCGGGAGCAUCUCCCUGGGCAGACAGCAGGGCCCAGGGGCCAGGGAGCCGCGGCUCAUGGCGCCCUGCCACAGAGCAAGCCGAGUCAGCAUCUACGACAACGUGCCCGGCUCCCAUUUGUACGCAAGCACAGGGGACUUGCUGGACCUGGAGAAAGAUGACCUCUUCCCCCACCUGGAUGACAUCCUGCAGCAAGUCAGCGGGCUCCAGGAGGUGGUGGACGACUGGUCAAAGCAUGUGUUGCCAGAGCUGCAAACUCAGGAUGCGCUGGCUGGGGAGCCCGGCUUAGCACCCUUUCCAUCUCCUAAUCAGAUCACCUUGGACUUCGAAGGCAACUCGGUCUCUGAGGGUCGGACCACGCCUAGCGAUGUAGAAAGAGACGGCGGGUCUCUGAAUGACUCUGAGGUCCCUGGAGUCAGAGAGAGGAGGGAUUCUGGUGUGGGAGCCUCUCUGACCAGGCCAAACAGGCGACUGCGAUGGAACAGCUUCCAGCUCUCACACCAGCCCCAGCCCUCACCGGCGUCGCCCCACAUAAGCAACCAGACGGCCGGCCAGCUGAACCUGCUCCAGCGCUUCUCACUGCUUCGCCUCACAGCCAUCAUGGAGAAGCACUCCAUGUCCAACAAACACGGCUGGACAUGGUGCGUAGCACGUUCCGGAGAGGGGAUCGUUUAUCCUAGAGCUAAGUCUGUUCCAAAGUUCAUGAAGAGGAUGAAGGUUCCGGAUUACAAAGACAAGGCUGUCUUUGGUGUUCCCCUCAUAGUCCACGUCCAGAGAACAGGACAGCCUCUGCCCCAGAGCAUUCAGCAAGCACUGAGAUACCUGCGCAGCAACUGCCUCGAUCAGGUGGGUCUUUUUCGCAAGUCAGGAGUGAAGUCUCGAAUCCACGCCCUACGUCAAAUGAACGAGCACUUCCCUGAGAACGUCAGCUACGAAGACCAGUCCGCCUACGACGUGGCAGAUAUGGUGAAGCAGUUCUUCCGGGACCUCCCAGAGCCACUUUUCACCAACAAGCUCAGCGAGACCUUCCUCCACAUCUAUCAGUAUGUCCCCAAAGAGCAGCGGCUGCAGGCGGUGCAGGCUGCCAUUCUGCUCCUGGCCGAUGAAAACAGGGAGGUCCUGCAGACGCUCCUGUGCUUCCUGAACGACGUGGUCAACCUGGUGGAAGAGAAUCAGAUGACACCCAUGAAUCUGGCUGUGUGUCUGGCCCCUUCCCUGUUUCAUCUCAAUCUGUUGAAGAAGGAAAGCUCUCCCAGAGUCAUACAGAAGAAAUACGCCACUGGGAAGCCAGAUCAAAAGGACCUCAAUGAGAAUCUGGCUGCCGCGCAGGGUCUCGCCCACAUGAUCAUGGAAUGUGACAGACUUUUUGAGGUCCCACAUGAGAUGAUGGCCCAGUCUCGUAAUUCAUAUAUGGAGGCUGAGAUCCAUGCGCCAACCCUGGAAGACCUGGGGGCCCAGCUGGAGGAGAGUGGGGCGACUUUCCACACCUACUUGGAGAAUCUUGUCCUUGGCCUCCAGAAAGAAGCCAAGGAGAAGUUCAAAGGAUGGGUCACGUGCUCCAGCGCUGACAACACAGACCUUGCCUUCAAAAAGGUGGGGGACGGGAACCCGCUGAGGCUGUGGAAGGCCUCUGUGGAGGUGGAGGCGCCCCCGUCGGUGGUGCUGCACCGCGUGCUGAGAGAGCGCCACCUGUGGGAUGAGGACUUUGUGCAGUGGAAGGUGGUGGAAACUCUGGACAGGCAAACCGAGAUCUACCAGUACGUGGUGAACAGCAUGGCCCCCCAUCCCUCCAGAGACUUCGUGGUUCUCAGGACCUGGAAGACCGAUUUGCCCAAAGGAAUGUGUACCCUGGUGGCCCUCUCCGUGGAGCACGAAGAAGCGCAGCUCAUGGGCGGCGUGCGGGCGGUGGUGAUGGAGUCUCAGUACUUGAUAGAACCCUGUGGCUCUGGCAAGUCGAGACUGACCCACAUCUGCCGGGUAGACCUGAAAGGUCACUCCCCGGAAUGGUACAGCAAAGGCUUCGGACAUCUGUGCGCAGCGGAGGUCGCCAGGAUUAGAAACUCUUUUCAGCCGCUCAUUGCUGAGGGCCCAGAGACUAAAAUCUGAGCUUUCCCAGGGGACACCGAACUCAGGGAAGAGGAAGAGAAAGCAAAUGCUUGUGACAGAGAGUGUGCGCGUGAGGAAGCCAGAGAGAGAGAGAGAAUGUGGGUGACCCACGAGGUUAACGCUUCGGAAUGGAAGCAGUGAGAAGCGGGCGGCUGGGUGAGGACGCAAGGAUUUCUGGGAACUUUCCGAGCCUUCCUGGAGAUGGCUACGUCUGUGCUAAAAGAGUAUUUUUAAAAGUCAGAACAUUUAUCUAUGUUACUUAAAAUUCCGUGGACUAUUCCUUGUGCAUUGCCUAAUUUGCUAUUUAAAGGCUUCUAAGAAGCAUAUACGUCAUUGUAAAUAAAUGUAUGUAUAACAUUUGUACAUAUGUGUGUAUAUCUCUAUCCUUACUGUACAUUUGUAAAGUAUCAAUUUUAUAGAUAAUUGUUUUGAAAUGGAAUGUCUGACCCGGUGAGUCCCUUCCUCACGUCGUUACCCUGUGCCCCGGCUCCCCACUGUCCCAUAAGCUGAGCAGGACCUGCUGCUAACACCAAAGUGUGAGCGCGUGCAGUCCGCCGGUCUACCUGAUGACUAACCAAAGAUCAGCUAACCAAAGGGAAACCCCAUUAAAAGGUUCCGAUGCCUUGGCGAUUCGCUCCUGGUAUCCAAAUCCUGAGAGUGGAGUGUUGGGACGAAGCAAGGGAAAGAAUACUGACUUCGUUCAUGCGAAGCAGUGGGUGAGAAGUCUUUACCAGACUGAAGUGUAGAGAGAUGAGCAGCUGCCCUUGGGCCUUCCGGAUGCAACUUCAGUGAGACUGAUGGAGCCCAGCAGUGCAUGCCGGUGACUGAGACAGAACCCAGAUGCCCCUGCCCCAGUAGGGCUGAAGAGCCUUGACAUCUGCACAGCCAAAGACAGCCUCUGUGCGGGCUCGAGUUUUCACAGAAGCAAGGGUACUUCAAAAAGCUCAUGGGAAAGUACAGUUAAAAGAUAAUGCAUGUUUCCACAAAUUUUUGAAGUAGCCUCCUGUAUUUCAUAACGGUUUUAAACGUUACUCUGUUUGACCAGUGGCCUUCCUGGGCACAGCUCAUUGGCAUUUGCUUACCAAUGCAUUGCACUGAAUUUAACUUGGACACCAGACAAAGAGAGAGAAUGGUGGUUCACGCCAGGAAACUCACCUCUUGUUCUGCAUGAUGCUCUUAAGACAGAACUCAUUCAAGUUCUGCAAUCUGAAAGACAGGGUUUUUAAUUAAUAUAAGACCAAAAUUAUGUUUUUUAGUUAGCUUUAAGAAAUAUAAACAGGUUUAUUAAUUUCAUGUUUCUUUGUUAGCUGGCUCAAACUACCUAUGCAUUUGACCCAAUCUUAUUUAUUAUUGUAAAGGAUGGACAAGUUGAUUCUCCUAAACCAAUUGCUAAUGAAUUUGUUUUUAUUAUAAUUCAGCAACUGUAAAAGAAAGAUAACUUAUUGUGUUUGGUUUCAGGGGGAGAGAUUUUCUCUGGUUGUCUGUGACAGAGAUGGAUCUCUCUAAUGUUAGAAGAAAAAAAGAAACAAGAGGUUCAGGGGUUUUUUUUUGUAUUAUAGGCAUUUACGUAAUGUUUUCUGUUAUCAGCAAUGUGCAAUUAUCUUAUUGAAAGGAAUAAAUAUGCUAUAUAUGAGUUGGGUAUGGUGCAAGGCAAAUCAUACUGUUUCAAUUAUGACUAGGGAUUUUCUGUCCACCUGUCUACCUAAUAAGGUGACAGCAAACCCAUAAUUUACCAUUUGGACAUUGCUUUGUGAACAAAACAAAUUCAUGUGUAACUCUCUGUGCUGGGUUACUUUUUAUGCAUCAACAAGAUGGAUAAUGAAGUUUAAACUAGCUAGACACUGGCCCUGCCCUGGGGACAGGACCCUACACGUUUGGAAAACAUGAGAUAGGCACACAGAAUGAAGGGUAUUGUACCCCCAGGCAGGUCCGCGCUGCACGCGACGCGCACACACAUGUCGCUUGAGAGCUUGUUAAAAUGCAGACUCAUGCAGGCAGUCUGGCGUGGGCCCCAGAGUCUGCAUUGCUAAUGGGCCUCGGGGAUGCCUCUGCUGCUGGUCCAGAGACCGCACUCUGAGACGCAAGGACCCAGAGGACACUUAGAAUAAAAGCAAACGCGACUGUACUUCUGACUCCCCUCCCUUGGAAUCACCUGACUGGUUUUUGGUUGUGCACAUACUCAUCACAUCACUGCAGCUUAUGAAUUCAGUGCAUCCUUUUAACAAAAGGAAAAGGGGGAGAGGGGUCAAAGAUGCAUCAUACUUAUUUGUCAAAUACCACAGUAUUUUAUUCAUGGUUAUCUUGCCAAUGGAAAUAAACUAUGAUAUUGCAUUUAAAUAUUAUAUUUAUACCUCAUGUAUAUUUUACCUCGAUUGUUGGUAUCAAUCAUCAAUUGUAAAUAAUUGCCAAGGCAAAUAAAUUUAUAUACAUUAAAUAUUUCCUAUUUUCUAAAAAA